UCUCCUGCGCUACGCGGCAAAAGCAACAAUGGUCGUUUGAAUUUCCCCUAUAAAAACAACCAUCCUUCGCUCUUCGCUCAAGCUACUCUUCUUUUUCAGACUUAACUAUGGAUGUUCGUGAAAUGAUCAGGAGCCGGACCGACGUCGCUCUGAGCCUCACGAAGCACGUUCUCACUACCCAAGCCGAGGGGGACUCCAACCUGGUGUUCUCGCCGCUGUCUAUACAAGUGGUGCUGGGCGCCAUCGCCGCUGGCUCAAAUGGUUCCACCCUCGGCCAGCUCCUUUUCCUCAAGUCGACGUCCAACGACCACCUCAGCUCCUUCUACUCGGAAAUCAUAUCCGCGGUCUUCGCUAACGGCAGCCCCAUGGGUGGGCCCCGCUUGUCUUUCUCUAACGGUGUUUGGGUCGAUAAGUUUCUCCCUCUCAAGCACUCCUUUAAACAGAUAAUGAAGAAUGUCUACAAGGCUGCUACCGAUGAAGUUGAUUACCAAACCGAGGCUGAUCUUAUGAGGAGUGAAGUGAACUUAUGGGCGCAAAAGGAGACGAAUGGUCUUAUUAAACAAGUUCUUCCUCCAGGGUCUGUGAACCGUUUGACCGGGCUCAUAUUUGCUAAUGCACUUUACUUCAAAGGAGUUUGGAAUGAAAUAUUCGAUUCAUUGAAAACAAAAGACCAUGACUUCCAUCUUACAAAUGGAGGUUCUGUUCAAGUGCCCUUUAUGACCAGCAAAAAGAAGCUGUACCUUCGUGCCUAUGAUGGUUUCAAAGUGCUCGGACUUCCUUAUAAGCGAGGUGGAGAUAUCCCCCGUUUCACCAUGUACAUCUUUUUCCAGAUGCAAGAGAUGGGUUGA